AUGACAUCUGAUUUCUGGGCUGGCUAUAUAAGUGGUGCCCUUGGGAUCAUUAUCGGCAAUCCUUUGGACGUGGUUAAGGUCCGGCUACAGGCUGGUAACUCAUCCGUUGCAUCUUCUCGUCCAAAUUCAAACCGCUUUGAGCGGGCCAGCUCUCUCGUUCGAGGCGCGGCUGCUCCGAUCUUGGGAUAUGGAGCUCUCAAUGCAAUUUUGUUCGUGGCAUACAAUCGGUCAUUGACAUCACUCGACAGCUCUAUCAAAGACCCCACCAAACCUGAGGGUGUUGCUCUGUAUAAGAUCUGGCUUGCCGGUGCUGCGGGCGGACUGGCCAGCUGGACUAUCUCCUCUCCGACAGAAUUGAUCAAGUGUCGUGCGCAACUAGAUACCCGACCGGAAGUAUCCUCAUGGACAGUUGCCAAAGACAUAUAUCGCAGUCGUGGUUGGAGGGGACUGUACUAUGGGGGUGCAAUUACAAGCGCCAGAGAUUCCAUUGGCUAUGGGUUCUAUUUCUGGUCCUAUGAGCUCUGUAAACGCUGGAUAAUGACACCAGAUGAAAGCUCGCACGAAGCAGCUCUCAAAGUACUUCUCUGUGGUGGCAUUGCGGGCAUUGUCACCUGGGGCUCGGUGUUCCCACUGGAUAUGAUCAAAACCCGACUGCAGGCACAGACUGUCUUCGAUUCAACAGAAGCAUCUGAAAGUCGUUCCCUAUUGCGGCCUCGGCAAAACAUGAACACAUUCCAGAUCGCCCGAGAAGUGUACCGGGCCGAGGGCAUGCUUGCAUUCUAUCGCGGCCUCGGCAUCUGCAGUAUCAGAGCGUUUAUCGUGAAUGCUGUCCAGUGGGCGGCAUAUGAAUGGUUGAUGAAGAGCCUAACACUUUAUGAAGCUCCAGUGGGCAAGUACUACGCAUAG